AUGCUCCAUGGCCUCUCACCAUCCCCCAGCGCCUCUCACCAUCCUCCAGCAUCUCUCACCAUCCCCCCAGCAUCCCUCACCAUCCCCCAGCAUCUCUCACCAUCCCCCAGCGUCUCUCACCAUGCUCCAUGGCCUCUCACCAUCCCCCAGCGUCUCUCACCAUCCCCCAGCGUCUCUCACCAUCCCCCAGCGCCUCUCACCAUCCCCCAGCAUCUCUCACCAUCCCCCAGCGCCUCUCACCAUCCCCCAGCGCCUCUCACCAUCCCCCAGCGCCUCUCACCAUCCCCCAGCAUCUCUCACCAUCCCCCAGCGCCUCUCACCAUCCCCCAGCAUCUCUCACCAUCCCCCAGCGCCUCUCACCAUCCCCCAGCGCCUCUCACCAUCCCCCAGCGCCUCUCACCAUCCCCCCAGCAUCUCUCACCAUCCCCCAGCGUCUCUCACCAUCCCCCAGCGUCUCUCACCAUGCUCCAUGGCCUCUCACCAUCCCCCAGCAUCUCUCACCAUCCCCCAGCAUCUCUCACCAUCCCCCAGCGUCUCUCACCAUCCCCCCAGCGCCUCUCACCAUCCCCCCAGCAUCCCUCACCAUCCCCCAGCAUCUCUCACCAUCCCCCCAGCAUCUCUCACCAUCCCCCAGCAUCUCUCACCAUCCCCCCAGCAUCUCUCACCAUCCCCCAGCGUCUCUCCACCAUCCCCCCAGCGCCUCUCACCAUCCCCCAGCGCCUCUCACCUUCCCCCAGCAUCUCUCACCAUCCCCCAGCGUCUCUCACCAUCCCCCCAGUGCCUCUCACCAUCCCCCAGCAUCUCUCACCAUCCCCCAGCGCCUCUCACCAUCCUCCAGCAUCUCUCACCAUCCCCCAGCAUCUCUCACCAUCCCCCAGCGCCUCUCACCAUCCUCCAGCGCCUCUCACCAUCCUCCAGCGCCUCUCACCAUCCCCCAGCACCUCUCACCAUCCCCCAGCGCCUCUCACCAUCCUCCAGCGCCUCUCACCAUGCUCCAGCAUCUCUCACCAUCCCCCAGCGCCUCUCACCAUCCCCCAGCGCCUCUCACCAUCCCCCAGCGUCUCUCACCAUCCUCCAGCGCCUCUCACCAUCCUCCAGCGCCUCUCACCAUCCCCCAGCACCUCUCACCAUCCUCCAGCAUCUCUCACCAUCCUCCAGCGUCUCUCACCAUCCCCCAGCGCCUCUCACCAUGCUCCAUGGCCUAUCACCAUCCCCCAGCGCCUCUCACCAUCCCCCAGCACCUCUCACCAUCCCCCAGCAUCUCUCACCAUCCUCCAGCGUCUCUCACCAUCCUCCAGCAUCUCUCACCAUCCCCCAGCGCCUCUCACCAUCCCCCAGCAUCUCUCACCAUCCUCCAGCAUCUCUCACCAUCCUCCAGCAUCUCUCACCAUCCCCCAGCGUCUCUCCACCAUCCCCGAGGAUCUCUCACCAUCCCCCAGCGCCUCUCACCAUCCCCCAGCACCUCUCACCAUCCCCCAGCGCCUCUCACCAUCCUCCAGCGUCUCUCACCAUCCCCCAGCAUCUCUCACCAUCCCCCAGCGCCUCUCACCAUCCCCCAGCGUCUCUCACCAUCCCCCAGCGCCUCUCACCAUCCUCCAGCGCCUCUCACCAUCCCCCAGCAUCUCUCACCAUCCCCCCAGCGCCUCUCACCAUCCCCCAGCGUCUCUCACCAUGCUCCAGCGCCUCUCACCAUGCUCCAGCAUCUCUCACCAUCCCCCAGCGCCUCUCACCAUCCCCCAGCGCCUCUCACCAUCCCCCAGCGCCUCUCACCAUCCUCCAGCAUCUCUCACCAUCCCCCAGCGCCUCUCACCAUCCCCCAGCGUCUCUCACCAUCCCCCAGCAUCUCUCACCAUCCCCCAGCGUCUCUCACCAUCCUCCAGCAUCUCUCACCAUCCCCCAGCAUCUCUCACCAUCCCCCAGCGCCUCUCACCAUGCUCCAGCGUCUCUCACCAUCCCCCAGCAUCUCUCACCAUCCCCCAGCAUCUCUCACCAUCCCCCAGCGCCUCUCACCAUGCUCCAGCGUCUCUCACCAUCCCCCAGCGCCUCUCACCAUGCUCCAGCGUCUCUCACCAUCCCCCAGCGCCUCUCACCAUCCCCCAGCAUCUCUCACCAUCCCCCAGCGCCUCUCACCAUCCCCCAGCGCCUCUCACCAUCCCCCAGCGCCUCUCACCAUCCCCCAGUGCAUCUCACCAUCCCCCAGCGUCUCUCACCAUCCCCCAGCGUCUCUCACCAUCCCCCAGCGUCUCUCACCAUCCCCCAGCAUCUCUCACCAUCCUCCAGCAUCUCUCACCAUCCUCCAGCACCUCUCACCAUCCUCCAGCGUCUCUCACCAUCCUCCAGCGCCUCUCACCAUCCUCCAGCGUCUCUCACCAUCCCCCACCGCCUCUCACCAUCCUCCAGCAUCUCUCACCAUCCUCCAGCAUCUCUCACCAUCCCCCCAGCGCCUCUCACCAUCCUCCAGCGCCUCUCACCAUCCUCCAGCGUCUCUCACCAUCCUCCAGCGCCUCUCACCAUCCUCCAGCGUCUCUCACCAUCCCCCACCGCCUCUCCACCAUCCCCCCAGCGUCUCUCACCAUCCCCCCAGCGUCUCUCACCAUGCUCCAGCGCCUCUCACCAUCCCCCAGCUCCUCUCACCAUCCCCCAGCGCCUCUCCACCAUCCCCCAGCAUCUCUCACCAUCCCCCAGCAUCUCUCACCAUCCCCCAGCGCCUCUCACCAUCCCCCAGCGCCUCUCACCAUCCUCCAGCGCCUCUCACCAUCCUCCAGCAUCUCUCACCAUCCUCCAGCGCCUCUCACCAUCCCCCAGCGCCUCUCACCAUCCCCCAGCGCCUCUCACCAUCCUCCAGCAUCUCUCACCAUCCCCCAGCGCCUCUCACCAUCCCCCAGCACCUCUCACCAUCCCCCAGCGUCUCUCACCAUCCUCCAGCGUCUCUCACCAUCCUCCAGCAUCUCUCACCAUCCUCCAGCGUCUCUCACCAUGCUCCAGCGCCUCUCACCAUCCCCCAGCGCCUCUCCACCAUCCCCACAGCAUCUCUCACCAUCCCCCAGCGUCUCUCACCAUCCCCCAGCGUCUCUCACCAUCCCCCAGCGUCUCUCACCAUCCUCCAGCGUCUCUCACCAUCCCCCAGCGCCUCUCACCAUCCUCCAGCACCUCUCACCAUCCCCCAGCAUCUCUCACCAUCCCCCAGCGCCUCUCACCAUCCCCCAGCGUCUCACCAUCCCCCAGCACCUCUCACCAUCCCCCAGCGUCUCUCACCAUCCUCCAGCGCCUCUCACCAUCCCCCAAUGUCUCUCACCAUCCCCCAGCAUCUCUCACCAUGCUCCAGCGUCUCUCACCAUCCUCCAGCGUCUCUCACCAUCCUCCAGCGUCUCUCACCAUCCCCCAGCACCUCUCACCAUCCUCCAGCAUCUCUCACCAUCCCCCAGCGUCUCUCACCAUCCUCCAGCAUCUCUCACCAUCCUCCAGCAUCUCUCACCAUCCUCCAGCGUCUCUCACCAUCCUCCAGCAUCUCUCACCAUCCUCCAGCAUCUCUCACCAUCCCCCAGCGUCUCUCACCAUCCCCCAGCACCUCUCACCAUCCUCCAGCGUCUCUCACCAUCCUCCAGCAUCUCUCACCAUCCUCCAGCGUCUCUCACCAUCCCCCAGCAUCUCUCACCAUCCCCCAGCGUCUCUCACCAUCCUCCAGCGUCUCUCACCAUCCUCCAGCGUCUCUCACCAUCCCCCAGCAUCUCUCACCAUCCCCCAGCGUCUCUCACCAUCCUCCAGCGCCUCUCACCAUCCUCCAGCGUCUCUCACCAUCCCCCCAGCGCCUCUCUCCAUCCCCCCCAGCGCCUCUCACCAUCCUCCAGCGUCUCUCACCAUCCCCCAGCAUCUCUCACCAUCCCCCAGCGUCUCUCACCAUCCUCCAGCGUCUCUCACCAUCCUCCAGCGUCUCUCACCAUCCCCCAGCAUCUCUCACCAUCCCCUAGCGUCUCUCACCAUCCUCCAGCGCCUCUCACCAUCCUCCAGCGUCUCUCACCAUCCCCCCAGCGCCUCUCACCAUCCCCCCCAGCGCCUCUCACCAUCCUCCAGCGUCUCUCACCAUCCCCCAGCAUCUCUCACCAUCCCCCAGCGUCUCUCACCAUCCCCCAGCGCCUCUCACCAUCCCCCAGCAUCUCUCACCAUCCCCCAGCGUCUCUCACCAUCCCCCAGCAUCUCUCACCAUCCUCCAGCGCCUCUCACCAUCCUCCAGCAUCUCUCACCAUCCCCCAGCGUCUCUCACCAUCCUCCAGCACCUCUCACCAUCCCCCAGCGUCUCUCACCAUCCUCCAGCAUCUCUCACUAUUCUCCAGUGUCUCUCACCAUCCUCCAGCGCCUUUCACCAUCCUCCAGCGCCUCUCACCAUCCUCCAGCACCUCUUACCAUCCUCCUCCAGCACUGCUCACAAUUCUGCAGCGCCUCUCGCAAUUCUCUAGCACUGAUCACUAUUCUCCAUCACUGAGCUCUAUUCUCCAGCACUGA